CGUUGCCGUCUUCCGUUGGACAAACAGCUCCCAUUAGCGUAUCUGGGCUGUGCCUGCCUGCGUCCUACUCAAGCCACCGUGCCGUCUAUCCACUUUAGCUCACAAGCUACACGGUUAUACCGCGGCAGUACGUGGGGCUGCGCGGAAGCGUUAUCAAACUCCUUUUAAAAAUUAAUUUUUUUCUCCCUCCCCCCUUUUGCUGUUUUUUUUUUUGGUCUUCUUUUGGUGAGAUACAAUUUUGACACCACCGAGCUGCACCCAGUUGUGUUGAUGAACUGGUUUCAAUUUGCACCCACUGACCUGCAAGAGCCUUGCGGAUUUCUCACUUCACUGGAGGAAACAUGAGCACAGCCAAGCCCAGUGGGAUCAAAGGGCCCAGCAAGAUAGCAAGGCUGCCAGGGACGGUAGCCACCAAGCCCACCGCCAGCACUGCUGGACCCAAAGUAACGGGAAGUGACAAAUCGACUGCAAGUGCCAGUGGAGGGGAACCCCAGAAUUCCGGGGAGACGUUUCAGGUUGGGGAGCGAGUAUGGGUGAAUGGAAACAAGCCAGGCUUUAUACAGUUCCUUGGGGAGACACAGUUUGCCCCAGGACAAUGGGCAGGUAUUGUUCUGGACGAGCCAAUUGGGAAGAAUGACGGCUCGGUGGCUGGGGUGCGCUACUUCCAGUGUGAAGCACUGCGAGGGAUAUUCACUCGUCCAUCCAAGUUGUCUCGCACAGAGGGGGAAGCUAAUGGAACUCAGACGGCACCACCAUCACGUGCUGCUUCACCUACUCCAUCAGUUGGCAGCGUAGCCUCACACACACCCUCCACCAAACCUGCUACCCCGUCAACUACCUUGGCAGCCAAGAAGGCCACACCCACUACAACACCAUCCAACCUGGCUCGCACAAACAGUGAAUCUGUCUCCAACCUCUCAGAGACUGGAUCAGUCAAGAAAGGGGAAAGGGAACUGAAAAUGGGUGACCGUGUUUUGGUUGGCGGUACAAAGGCUGGAGUGGUACGUUUCCUUGGAGAAACGGACUUUGCCAAAGGGGAGUGGUGCGGCGUGGAGCUGGAUGAACCCUUAGGAAAGAAUGAUGGAGCAGUAGCCGGCACAAGAUACUUUCAGUGCCAACCCAAGUAUGGCUUAUUUGCCCCAGUUCAUAAAGUUACACGCAUUGGCUUCCCUUCCACGACGCCAGCCAAAGCAAAGACAACUGUGCGAAAAGUAGUGGCCAUGCCGUCGGGCCUAAAGCGCAGCCCCAGUGCCUCUUCCAUCAGCACCAUGAGCUCUGUGGCUUCCUCUGUCAGCGCCAAGCCCAGCCGCACAGGACUGUUAACAGAGACGUCAUCAAGGUACAGUCGGAAGAUUUCGGGCACCACAGCUCUACAGGAGGCGCUGAAGGAGAAGCAGCAGCAUAUUGAACAGCUGCUGGCUGAGCGGGACAUGGAGAGGGCUGAAGUUGCUAAAGCCACCACCCAUGUUGGGGAGGUGGAGCAAGAACUCAAUCUACUGAGGGAUGACCAGGAACAGAUGGAGACCAAAAUGGAUCAACUGCGCGCUUUGGUGGAGGCCGCAGACAAAGAUAAAGUUGAGCUGCUGAAUCAGCUGGAAGAGGAGAGGAGGAAGGUGGAGGACCUUCAGUUUCGUGUCGAAGAAGCUUGUAUUACCAAAGGAGACCUGGAGACGCAGACGAAACUGGAGCAUGCCCACAUAAAGGAGCUUGAACAGAGCCUGCUCUUUGAAAAGACCAAAGCUGAGAAACUCCAAAGAGAGUUAGAAGACACUAGGGUUGCUACUGUGUCUGAAAGAUCUCGCAUUAUGGAUCUAGAGAGGGAACUCUCACUGCGAACCAGAGAAGUUGCUGACCUGCGACUGCGCUUUGAGUCCCAGCAAGGCUCUGAGGGCUCGGACUCGAACCUUUCACCUCUGCUAGAAGAGAUAAGCUCACUGAGAGUCCAGUUGGCCUCUCAGGGAGCCAAGCUCCUGGAGGAACAGGAGAAAUAUAAGGAAAAGCUGGAGGCUGAAGAAAAGGCCCAUGGUGAGGCUCUUGCUCAGCAUCAGGCCGCAUCUGUCAAGCUCUCCAGUGACAGUGAGCAGUUGCAAAUGCGGUUGAGUCAGGCUGAGAAGGAGAAGGCAGACGUCACUGAACUGUGGCACUCCAAGCUAGAAUCAGCUAUUGCUUCUCACCAACAAGCCAUGGAGGAGUUGAAGUUGUCCUUCAGCAAAGGUGAAGGUGCUCAGACAGCAGACCUGGUGGAGACGAAGAGUACCCUGGAGAAGUUGAAGGUUGAGCACAAGUUGGCUCUGGCGGAGGCCGUAGCCAGGCGUGAGGCUGACAUUGGAGCUUGGGCUCAGGAGACACAAGCCCUGAAAGCACAGCUGUUGUCUUUGACUGAGGAAAAGGAGAGACUAGAGGAGUCCCUGCGGUCCAGUGUUGACCGUGCUGAAGAGCAGCAUCUUGUGGAAAUGGAGGAUGUGUUGGGAAAGCUGCAUGCUGCCGAGCUGAAGGUAAAGGAACUGCAGGAGAAUGAAUCAAAGUUAGUUCAAGAGGCUCAGGACAAAGACAAAGAAGCCAAAGAGCAGAUGGCCACAGUGGAGGCCCUGAACUCCAGGGAGGCUCAAAAUGACCGGGACCUUAAGACUCUGAAAGGCAGUCUUGAGGAGGCACAAAGUCAGACAAAGUCAGAGAGGCUUAAGGUCAGUGAGCUGAGCUCUAUGUUGGAGGGCCGACAACAGGAGAUCCUAUCCUUACAACAGAGUCUGACCACUUUACAACAGGAUAAGGAUGCCCUAGAGGAAGACACUAGAGGCCUGAAACAAAAGUUGUCGGAGAGCACAGAAGAGCAGACUAAUUCAGCAAAAACUAUGCAAGGAGUGCUUGAGAAGAUCAGUAAAAAAGAAGAGCAAUGCACAUCACUGUCCGGCGAAUUAGAAGCUCUGAGAGUUCGAGUUACAGGGCUGGAGAGGAAGCUAAAGGCUGGAGAUGAGAAGCUUGAUCAACUAACAAAAGAUAAGGCCAAAUUGGAAAGUGAUAUUUCAGACAUGAUGAAAUCAUCAGGUGAUAGUUCAGUACAGCUGACCAAAAUGAAUGAAGUCCUCACACAGAAAGAAAGGAGACUUGAGGAGUUACAGAACCAACUGGCAGAGAAGAAGGAACAGGUGGCAAACCUAAGUGAAAAACACCAGCAGGAGCUGUCUCGCAAAGACCAGGAGCUGAAUUCGGCCAGAGAUGGGUACCAGUGUCAAAUAAGCAGCCUCCAGGAGAAGAUUGCUGAGUUGGAGAAGAGUGUAGAGCAAGGUGAGAGCCAGGUUAAGGAACUGAAGACUUCCCAUGAGAAGGCCUUGUCGCAGUCAUCUGAGCUCCAUGCGAAGGAGCUUGAGGAGUUGCAGAGUGAUAGCAACAAGCUGAAGCAAGAGGUCACCUGCUCCAGGGACAGAACCGAGGAACUAGAGAAAUUGGUUUCUGAGCUGCAGCCAUACAAGGAACAGGCCCAGUGUCUUUCUGCUGAGCUUGACUCCUCGAAGCAGGAUGUUGAACGGUUGUCCAAAAAUCUGGAAAAGCAGAGACUAGAUCUGGAACACAUGUCUAAGGAAAGUGAUGAUGUUAAGGCUCAGAAAGACAGACUAGAAAAGCAGCUUUCUGAUUUACAGGCCAAGUUCUCUGCUCUUGAGGUUAGUCACAGAGACCUCUCACUUAAGAGUAAGGAACUACUGACAUCAAGAGACAAGCUUUCAAAAGAUCAUGAGGAGCAACUAGUCAACAAGAAGCAGUUAGAUGGUGAGUUAGUUUCUUUGUGCAAGGAGUUGGAAAAACUCAGAGAUGUCCUUCAUAAAGUACAGGCUGAAAAUGAAAUCCUGAUUCAUGCUGAUGAUGAACACCAAGCCCAAAUUGAGAACCUUCGAAGAGAGAACUCACUGAAGAAUGACACACUUUUAAAACAUCAGCAGACUAUCAAGCAACUUGAAAUAAGGAAAGAACAACUUGUCAAGGACUAUGAAAAUGCUUGCAAAGAGAGGGAGAAGCACCUGGAGGAGCUCAAUGAUACCAGGUCGAAAUUGACAUCUGAGAAGGACAGUCUAGUUAUGGAGAUAGACGCUGUGAGAAAUGCCAAAAAAACUCUUGAUGCUAAAAAUGCUGAAUUGCAGGCAAAACUUCAGUCCUUGUGCUUGGAAAAAGAAGAUUUGACUUUGAAGAAUAACCAGCUACAAGCCCUCACAGAAACAUUGACAAAGGACAAGGAUGGGAUGUCAACUCAAAUCAAUGUUGUGAUUUUGGACAAGGAGAGCCUCCAGGCAAUCAACACAGAGCUCCAGACUCAUCUUAAUACCACAAAGAAGGACCUUGAGAAGGCUGUCCGUGAUUGUGAAGAGCAUCAGGCCUUGAAAGCAAGCUUGUCCAAGAUGCUGGAAGAAUUCAAGGCAAGUACUGAGGUUACUGAUUCUGAAAGGCUCCAUCUUCUACAGGAAAAAGAGGACUUGCUUGCAAUCCAAAGAAAGUUUUGUACUGAGAAGGAGGAUCUGCUUAAUGAUAGGGAGGAAUUGAAAGAGAAACUUCAGGCCUUAAAUGAAAAGUUGUCAGAAUACAAGGAGAAAGCCAAAGAAGCAUCUUCAUCUUUUGAGCAGGAGAAACAAGAUCUUUGCCACCAGAAUGCUGAAACUGAGAGGGUUUUACAUGCUUUACGGAAAGAGAAGAGGACCCUCGAGUCAACACUUGAGCAGCAAAAGAUGGAGAAUGAGUGUUUGAUACAUGAGAAUGGAGAACUUAAGGAAAAGCAUGCUAAAGCUGUAUCUGAAAAAACAGUUCUUUCUGAUGAUAGAGAUAAGCUAGCUAAUGAUGUACGUACAAUGAAGGACCAGUUACACAACUCCUCUAAAGCCAAUGCUGAGCAUAUUCAGGAGAAUUCAAAUAUAACUGCAUUGCUGGAAGAAUCCAAACAGAAAAACUUUGAGGUUGAGGCAGAAAUGAUCGUCUUAAAAUGUGACAUGGCUAAACUUCAGAACCUACUGCACAAGUAUCAGUCUGACAUUGAAAUUCUUGAGGACAAAAUUGAACUUUCUCAGGAGCAUAUUAAAGUCCAAAAAAAUGCUGAAAAAGUUAAUUUAGAACUUGUUAAACAGGUGGAUAACCUUACCAAAGACUGUACCUUCCUACAGUUGCAGAAGGCUGAGGCUGACAAAACCUUAGAGUCCUUGCAUAAAGAGAAAGAGGGUCUGCUUCAGCAGAUCUUUGAGUUAAAGGGUCAGGCAGAAACGAUGUCAGAGACCAAGAGACUUCUUGAGGUUCAGCUUCAGGCUGAAGUUGUUGAACGGAGUAAAGUGACAUGUAGCAAGCAUGGUCUCUCCAAAGAGAUUGAGGAACUGCAGAAAAAAGUGCUUACAUUGACACAGGAAAAUGCUGAGAGGACUACAUUCCUUACAAAUGCUGACAAGGAAAAGAACGCUUUGACCAAAGACAAGGAGGUAUUGAACACGCAGUUGAGGCAGAUCGAGCAAGAAAAGAGUCUUUUGGUUGAAGAUAAAGAACAUUUGUCAUCUAAACUUGAAGAGAUGGGCAAAGAGAUAACUUUCCUGACUCUGGAGAAGGAAGAGCUUUUUGCUGUAAAGUGUAGAUUCGAACAAGACAUGUCUUCUCUCCGCAACAGCCAGGAAAUUGGUGAUGAGGAGCGUUUAAGGCUCCUUGUGGAUGUAGAAAGGCUGCAAGCUACUGAGAAACAAUUAAAAGUUGAUGUCAAGGUCCUACAAACUGAUAAAGAGCACAUAGAAAAACUGUACAAGGCUGCCGUAGAGGAAGCUUCAGUUUGUGCUAAAACAAAUGAAGAAAUUUCCACCAACAUGACAAAUUUAAGAAAUCGGAGGGAUUCCCUACAAGUGGAGAGAGAUGAAGCCAUCCAACAAGUCGCACAACUUGAGGCUCAACUCAAAAAUGCCCUUUCUAAGCAGCUUGAGGCUGCAGAGAUAUCUGGGAAGACUGCUGAAGCAGUAGAACAACUGACUAAAGAGAAAGUCAGUCUCCUGGAGGAGAAGAAUGAAGUCCAGGCUUCACUGAAAGAGCUCCAGAAUUCUAAGCAGGAGGUGGAGACUCAGUUACAGUUAUUGAAGCAGCAGAAUUCAAAGUACCAAGAAGAUGUAAAUAUAUCAAAGGAGCAGCUUGGCUCAGAAGCCCAGAAAAUUAAGAGUCUUUGCCAGGAAAUUGAGAACCUCAAAGAAGCAACAUCUGUGAAGUCCCAAUCCCUGCAUGCCCUACAGGAAGAGAACAGCAGGCUGAUUCGGGAACUUGACAAUAACCACAAAGACAAGAGUGGCCUGGUGAAGCUGGAGGAUGAGCACUCAAAGCUCAAAAAACAGUUGGGGGAGCUGAAGCAAAGUGAGAGCGCCCUGAAGAAAGAGCUGGACAAGGAAAAGGCCAACUUUCAACAAUCCAUCUGUAAAAACAGUGCCUUCAUCGCUGAAAAGGAUCAGGAGCUGGAGACCACGAAGAGUGAGCUGGUUGUUUUGCAAGGUGAAGUUUCCACGCUUAAGACACUUCAGAGUACUAUUAAGGCCUUAGAGAAGGACAAGGCUAGUCUUCAGGCGCACAUUAAGAGCCUGGAAAAGGACUUGGCUGCUGGGGCAGACACCAUCAACAAAUCCUCAGGUGAUGCAAUCGUUGACCAGCUGAGGGAGGACAAUGAGACUGCAGAGAAUCAGAUUGAGUUUCUUAAUUCGGUCAUCAUUGACCUCCAGCGGAAGAAUGAGGAGCUCAAGGGCAAGCUAGAGAAAAUGGCGGCUGCUGCUCUCAAUGGGAACAACGCCAGUGAGCUAGAUAAUCACGAUGGUGUGGACAAGCAGCCUGUCAAGAAGAAGCCCCCACCGCGACUGUUCUGUGACAUCUGCGACUGCUUUGACCUUCAUGAUACUGAGGACUGUCCCACGCAGAUGCAGAUGCCAGACUCCCCGCCACAUACCACCUACCACGGCAGCAAGGAUGAGGAACGGCCCUAUUGUGACAUCUGUGAGGUCUUUGGCCAUUGGACUGAUUCUUGUAAUGAUGACCAGACCUUUUGAAGCCCUCCAGAACCAUUGAUGGCACAAUCAGUAUAUUUGCACAUUGUUCGUUUUUUUUUUUUGCGGCGCUCGUGGGGUUUCAGAUUAUGUGUGCGCGUUUUGUGUGCUUGUUUUUGCCAAGCAUCUUUGUUGUACAAGCCAGCCCUUAAGCGCUCUUAAGGGAGAUUUGUCUCCUUAAAAUCAAUACCCCCCCCCCAUAAAAAAAAUUGGCAUAGUGAAAACAUUUGAAUUGCAUACAAGUUGCAAUCGAAGGUCUGUGUAAGAAAUAAGUACCUUUGGGAAAAUAUGGGGGGGGGGUAUUGUUUUUGUAUCUGUUGUGUUUAUAUGAGGGAAAGGAUCCUGUCAAUGAACGGUGGUCACGGGAGAAAAGAAUGGUCUCCCUCAGUUUCUGUUAACUUAUCAGUACCCCAAGAUUGUUUGCACACUUUUUCCAAGGGGUUACAAAGCUAAUAUAGUAUCAUUUAAGGUGUUUGUUUGAAACUGUAAAUUACUUGAUUGAAAAAAAAAUCAGUUUGCGCAAAAGAAAUUGGUUGAGCGAUAGUUAUAUUUUUUUACGCCAGGAAAUACUAUGUACUCUUGAAGGGUUUGUCAGUAUGUGUGACGGGUUCAUAAAGUAAAGGACCACGAGGUAGCAUUUCGCUAGCUCUGGAUUGGAGUGGAGCGGUGAAACCCAAUACCGCUGGCUUUAGUAAUUGCUUUUUUUAAGAUACAUCAAGGGCCUACUUCAUGAUUUUUGUGAGAAGAAAACGGUUGGACCCAAAGUACUUCAUGCUUAAGUCCUUCGUUCCAAUUAAAUGGCCUUUACAAAUAUCUGAAAUUGAUAAUUUCUGUAAGACAAAAAAUGGAAAAUAAUAAACAUAGGCAUUUCUUACAUGUUUUGAAUAUCUGUAUAAAAAUAAAAGAAGUUUAUGC